AUGCCGCCGCUGCCGCCCGGCUUUAAAAUACCGCCGGGCAUGACCCCACCGUCUGCGCCGCCUAUGCCGCCCGGAAUGGUCUCCAUGCCCCCCAACCUGCGCGUGGGGGGACCGCCGGCGCCGGGACUGCAAACGGGGGGUGGUGGCGCUCCGCCGGCGCCGAUGCCACCCGUCGGCUAUGCCAUGCCGCCUGGUCGUUAUCCACAGCCACCUGCCCACCUGAUUCCUGGACCGCGCGGAGACGUGGAGCAAGGCUUUCAGAGCCACCCUCAGCAACACAUGAUGCCACCGGGUGUUGUGCGCAACCCAAAUGAGAUGUAUGCACCAAGAGACGACCGCCGCCCGAUGAUGCCGCCCGGUGCUGAUCCGCAUGCAUAUCCGCCAUCUUCCUACCCCCAGGGGCCGUAUGGAGGUGCUAUGGGGCACGGUGUUGGAGAUCAUCGCGGCGGACACUCUCACAGAGGCCGACGAGACGACGAACUGCGGGAGCCAACCAACACCGUCUGGGUGGGAAACCUGGAUUUACACGAGCAUAACGAAGAUACCUUGCGACGUGUAUUUUCGGAAUUUGGAAGGGUCAUACGUGUUGCGAGGGUGCCAGAUAAGAGUUAUUGUUUUGUACACUUCCGUUAUGUGGAGGAAGCUCGGAACGCUGUGGAGGCGCUCAGUGCACGAGGCUCUCUGGGACGAGCACGUUUUAACUAUGGUAAAAUGUUUGAGUACACACAGGAGGAGUUGGAGAUGCCCAGAGAAAGCAACAGUCAAAGGCCCUCUCGCCGAGGACGCGAAGAUGAUCGACACGAUAAUGAGGACAGGCGUCGACGACCCCGCCGUGACGAGGAGCGAAUGGAACCCACCAAUGUUUUGUGGUUGGGUGAUUUGCCUCAGACUGUCUCUAACGAAGAGUUAAAUGAGAACUUCAAGGUGUUUGGCAACAUCAAAACCAUUUCACGUUUGGAUAGUAGGAAUAUGGCGUUUAUUCAUUUUGAAACCAUUGAGGAAUGCACACAGGCGUUGGACUUAAUGCGAGACCAGCCUAUUGGUGGAGCACGGGUGGUAUUAAACUAUGGUCGGGCGCAGCGUAACCCGGCUCCUGCUGAUGCGGGUUUGACUCCAGACGGUAUUCCACUUAAUGAAACCCCCACUAAUGUGGUGUACCUUGGACAGUUAGCUUCUGAUGUGACGGAAGGAGACAUUGAAGAUUUAUUUGAACCCUUUGAGGGUUUUAUUAACUCUAAAUUUAUUCAGUCUAGCGGUAUUGCCUUUGGACAUUUUGAUAGUAUCGAGCACGCACGUGUGGCCCGCGUUGCAUUGAACAAUGCCCUCCUGAAGGGUGCCCCGCUGCGCAUUAGCUUCGGCAAGAGCAGCCAUUCCAUGACGAUGGCGGAUAGAAUGCGACGCGGGAAGCCGGCCCCGCUGGGUCACCAUGAUGACGCUGGCGACGCAAACGCGAUGGCGCCUCCGUUGCAUGGGCUUAGCGGUGCCACCGGGGCACUUGUGGCGGGCCCAGGGGUCCCCGCGGCGGAAGCCGGGGCGAUGGUGUCGCUGCCCGCCAUGGGGGUCAUGGUGGGGUCACAGGCGGCCCCGCCGCCACCGACCUUUUUCACGCGGGAGCGUCCCACGCCAGAGAUGACGCUGGACGCUCGACUACAAUCGCUUCUUGGCGCCACCUACAACAACUGCGGGGAGGCAGAAAAAGCAUUGAGCCCGAGUGUUAUUCAGGCCAUUUGCGACCUCGUUGACGGAUGCGUCGAUGAGCCGAGCGAGAAGAGGCUCGACGACACCAUUUUUCUCUACACGCCUCUCAAUUCUUCUCACGUGUUCGGUAUCUUGACGAAGCGCAUGCAUGAUUAUUUUAACGAUGAUCCGCACAAGAAGCUUCUCAUUCUGUACGCCGCCACUCGGGUCCUGCUUGGUGCAAAGACGGACUACCUCUUCUUCAGCAAGGCGGCCCUCAACGCCUACCUCAUGACGCUCUUCGUCGCAAGCGAGGGGCAGACCCCGGACGGGGUGGAGAUGCUCACUUCCAUCAUUGAAAACGUCCACAGAAACCCCUUCAUUGAGCGACAGAGACUGGACGCCGAUUUCAUUGAGGUCUUUCGGGAGCAACUGGAGGAGAUCCGGCGACGUGCGAAGGUGGAGCAGGACUUGGCCUCGCUGUUGACGAAGAGGAGGCGCAAGUGA